AUGUCGUAAGUAUAGCAAGUAUCUAAUACAAAUAGAAUAAUCAGCGUUUUAAAGACUACUCUUAGUCUCGCUAAAAACCACAAAAAGAAGACUAUAUUGCUAGUAGUUAUUUUGUCAUUAUAUUCAUUAUGGAAACUCAAGCACAAGAUUCCAUAUUAAAAAAUUAUUUCAAAAGUAAUGCAAAAAAUAAUGCAAGCAAUGGACAGUUAAAUGAAGCAUUCUCAGUUUUUGGAAUAAAGCAAUAUUAAGUUGACUUUAAAAAUAUAAGAUUUUGAUAAAGCCAAUCACAUAGCUGAAAUGCAGACAAAAUAUUCAAAGUUGUUUAAGUUGGAAGCUUACAGAAAUGAGCUGCGUUUAAAGGUGAAGCAACUCAGCAGCGAGAGAAAAACAGAAUUAUGGCAAAAUAUUGUUGAUGAAGUCAUUGUUUUUGUGUUUUUCUUUAUUAUUACAACCAGAUAGACCGUCACUCUCAAUAUGAUUUAAAAAACUUUGGUAGCAAAAUACAAAGAUGAUUUCAAUAAAAUAAUUGGCAUUAAUCAAAAUAGCGCUUAAGAGUUCAAUUUAUUUGAUUAGAUUUUAAGCGAGUACUGCCAGACUAUGAUCGAUCACUCAAUUAGUGAUACCUUAAAAUUCUUAUAGCAAAAUUUAAAGAGUGACAUUUAGGCAACUAAUAUUCUCACUUUCUUUGAGUUGUAAAAGAAGUUAACCGAAAUAUUCUAAAACACAGUCUUUUCAAAAAAGGUUUAGAAAUAAGAAUACAAAGCUCGCUUUCAUUUAACUAAUUCUAUGGAUCGUCCUGUUGAAAAAGUUUUUCUUUCUCCUCAUGAUCCUACUUAUUAAAAGCCUUCAAUAAUCGCUCGUUCAAUUGGUUUAAUCAAAGAUCUUGGUUCCUUUGUUCUUCCAAAUAUGCUGCCUGAAGAGCAAUAAUUGAAUGCUACAAAGAACAGAUACGAAAUAUUAAGCAUUCUGUUCAAUACUUAACAACAAGAGAGUAUAGCUGAAAUGAAUUCAAAUAAAAUAAUAUCAAAUUUAUUUAAAUAGUAUGUCAAAAACAACAAAAGCGAUGCUAAAAAAGAUCUUGAAGACGAAGAAUUCGAAGAAAUUCCUGAUGACAUAGAGAGUUCAAAUCAAUAAUAAUACUCACUAAAAAAUAGCAAUAAUGAUAGCAAAGUUAUUGAUUUGAGGGCUCUGAACAAGAGUAAUUUAAAUGCUGCAAUUAAACAAUCAAAUAGCAAUAGCGAUGGCAUCUCUAACUAGAACAUAGAACAAGCAAAGGUCUUUUGCUUCUUAGUUUUUAAGGAACUCAGAGAUAUCUUAGAAUCAAGCUCAUUGAAUAACUAUUUCUACUUCUCAAGCAAUUUCGAGCUGCGUAAAUUUUUAAAUAGACUCUUGCUUUCCCUCUAGAAGAAAAACGAACUUAACAAGGCUUAAAGUUUUGGAAUGAUCUCUAAAUUAUUUGAUAAAAUUAUUGUAGAAGAAUUCUUAAAUUAAGAAUCCGAUGCUAACAAUGAAGGAUUUUACCAUGUUCGCAUGAAAAGGUGCUUUGUUUUAUCUAAGAAUGCAAAGAGUAGUGCAAACAAAUAAAAUCAGAACAAUAGCGACGAAGCUUCUCACUCAACUGAUGCAUUGUCAAAUCCAAACAGGUCAGAGCAAGACCUAAUCUCAAGUGGAGAAAAUCAAAUAAUAAAUUCCAGUGUAGAUAAUUUGCCCAGAGUUACAGAUCCAUAAGAAAAUUUAAUCAAUCUCAACAUCUUGUAAGAAAUAGAAUAGUUCCAUCUUGUAGAAGACUCUCUCUAAGAGUUCAUUAAAAGAAUUUUCUAUGAAAGAGAAAGAACAACUGUUGAAAUUAUCAACCAUAAAAAUAACAAUGAUCCAAAUCAAAGCCAGGCUGGAGAAGGCGACAUCAAUGGCCUCUUAUCUCUUCUUGGUGGAGGAAACGCAGGUGGAUCAGGAAUAACAGAUUUUAUGACUCUGCUUUAAAAAAUCUGA